CCGUGUCAUCGCCUCAAACCGAAACGGUGAUUUUUUUGUGGCAGCUAGCCUAAACUUUGGUUUUAGAUAUCAGCUCUGUGGCACAUUGAACGAUAAGGACACAAAUAAGGAUAAUGUCGGAUUUCGACAGCAACCCGUUCGCGGACCCGGACCUCAGCAGCCCGUUUCAGGAUCCAUCAGUGACCCAAGUAAGACAGGCGGUUCCUCCUGGGCUGGAGGAGUACAAUCCCUUCACAGAUGCCAAACCAGCACCUGCGGGUAUGGCGCCCAAGGCUGCUGCACCCACCAUCAACACACAACCCGCCAUCAUGAAGCCCACAGAGGAGCCUCCGGCCUACUCGCAGCCUCAGGCGCAGGAGCAGACGCGAGCAGCUGCUGAGCUCCUGAGGCGACAGGAGGAGCUGGAGAGGAAGGCUGCAGAGCUGGACCGCCGGGAGAGAGAGAUGCAGUCACUCAGUGCUUCAGGAGGCAGGAAAAACAACUGGCCCCCCCUCCCGGAGAAGUUCCCCGUGGGCCCCUGUUUCUACCAUGACAUUACUGUGGACAUCCCUGUAGAGUUUCAGAAGACGGUCAAGAUCAUGUACUACCUCUGGAUGUUUCACACUGGGACGCUGCUGGCUAACAUGGUGGGCUGCCUGGCCUGGUUCUGUGUGGAUGCAACACGCGGGGUGGACUUCGGCUUGUCCAUCCUCUGGCUCAUGCUCUUCACCCCCUGCUCGUUCGUCUGUUGGUACAGACCGCUUUACGCAGCGUUCAGGAGUGACAGCUCAUUCAGGUUUUUCAUUUUCUUCUUCGUGUACAUCAGUCAGUUCGCCGUCUACGUUAUCCAGUGUAUUGGCAUCGCCGGUUGGGGCGCCAGUGGGUGGAUCUCGGCUUUGACCGGCCUGAAUCGCAGCAUCCCAGUGGGCAUUAUCAUGAUCCUCAUCGCUGCUCUCUUUACGUCGCUGGCUGUCAUGUCCCUCAUCAUGUUCAAAAAGGUCCAUGCGAUGUACCGGACCACCGGCGCCAGCUUCGAGAAGGCGCAGCAGGAGUUUGCCACGGGCGUCAUGACCAACAAGACGGUCCAGACGGCCGCCGCUAAUGCCGCCACCAGGGCUGCACAAGGAAACUUCAAGGAGCAGAUCUGAUUGGCCCAGAGAGCUCCCUCAUCCCUCCGUCCACCCUCCGUCCACCCCCCUCCUCCUUCCUCCUUCCACUUCUCACAAACGCAGCACCCAGCUUCGACCGAGCCAAGUGCCCUGUUUGAACACGCAGAGUGUCGUCUAACCUUCUGACAAUGUGGGAGUGGUUUUAUGUAACGGCAGUACAGUCACCUCUGAUCUGAGAUCUGAGUGUGAGAGAGAAAACCACCACUGGGAUCAUUCAAACAGGGUCACAGCUCUGUCCCGCUGUCCUCCUCCUCCACCUGCCACCCGGCAACAUUGUACAUUCUCAUCUCUGACUCUGGGAACCCCUCAUCUACGCUGCACUCCCACCACUCAACCAGCGUUGAUCAACUUUAUUUUUUUGUGUGGGUGUGUGUGUGUGUGUGUGUGUGUGGCCAAGUAAAUGCAUAUUUGUGUGCCUGUUUAAACGUCGGUGCCGCCUCCAGGCCUGUAUGUCCAAGUUCGACUUUCUGAAGUUGCAGGGGGCGUUUCCCACCAUCAGCUGUCUCAGAAGUUCUGUGUGUUCGGGCCUUUCUUUAAUUUAUCAACCUUAAUCACUACUUCCUGUUUUAAAAAUUAAUUUAUUAUUGGACAAGUGGAAGUCAUCUCGUGCUCUCUAGUUGUCGCUGAAUGCACACGCAGCAGAUUUACUUUUUUGCUGUUUUCCAUGAGUACAUAACACUGCUGCCCCCCAGUGGAGGGACGUUGUAUUGUUGAAGAUGAAUGCUGUGCAUUCCAGUUCACUGCCUUGCCUUCUAGUGUUUGCUUUCCUCAGAAUUGGGUUUUAAGAGAGUGUGUCGUCGUGGUCCUUAAAGUGAUGCUUCACCCAAAGUCUCAUCUGUUAAGUAUCAAACACUCCCCCCUGUAGACUGUAAGGCUAAUGAUUUUUGCUGUGUCUAAUAAUCUACCGGUUAAUUAUUAAGUCAUUAUGUUUUAUGUCCGUCCGUCCAUUCGCUCCGUUCUUGUAAAUGUCAAAUCUCAGUAACGCCGCGAGGGAACAUCUUCAAAUUUCGUGCAAAUGUUCAUUUGGACUGAAAGAUGAACUGAUUAUAUUUUGGUGGUGAAAGGUGAAAGGUCAAGGUCACUGUUACCUCACAAAGCGCAAAUUCA